AUGGGGCCCCAGGCAAGGGUGGUCUGCUCCCUGUUCCUUCUCCUGCAGGUCCUGGCAGAGCCAGCUGGGAACUCGGACUUCCACCUGGCCGGGGAUUACCUCCUGGGUGGCCUCUUCAGCCUCCAUGCUAAUGUGAAGGGCAUCACUCACCUCAACUUCCUACAGGUGCCCAAGUGCAAGGAGUAUGAGAUAAAGGUGCUGGGCUACAACCUCAUGCAGGCCAUGCGCUUUGCGGUGGAGGAGAUCAACGGCCGCCGCAGCCUGCUGCCCGGCGUGCGGCUAGGCUACGAGAUGGUGGACGUGUGCUACAUCUCCAACAACAUCCACCCCAUGCUCUACUUCCUGGCACGGGAGGACUACUCCCUGCCCGUCCAGGAGGACUACAGCUACUACGUGCCCCGGGUGGUGGCCAUCAUUGGCCCUGAGAGCUCUGAGUCCGUCAUGACGAUGGCCAACUUCUUCUCCCUCUUCCUGCUCCCACAGAUCACCUACAGCGCAAUCAGCGACAAGCUGCGCGACAAGCUGCGCUUCCCGGCAGUACUGCGCACCACACCCAGUGCCGACCACCAUGUCGAGGCCAUGGUGCAGCUGAUGCUGCACUUCCGCUGGAACUGGGUGGUCGUGCUGGUCAGCAGUGACGAUUACGGCCGCGACCACGGCCAGCUGCUGGGCGAGCGCCUGGCCCGCCGGGACGUCUGUGUGGCUUUCCAGGAGACGCUGCCCAUGCCGCAGCCGGACCAGGUGGUGACGCCCCGGGAGCGCCGGCGCCUGCGGGCCAUUGUGGACAAGCUGCAGCAGAGCUCGGCACACGUGGUGGUCGUGUUCUCGCCCGAGCUGGCUCUGCACAACUUCUUCCGUGAGGUGCUGAGCCGCAACUUCUCGGGUGCGGUGUGGAUCGCCUCCGAGUCCUGGUCCAUCGACCCGGUCCUGCACAACCUCCCCGAGCUGCCCCAUGCGGGCACCUUCCUGGGCGUCACCAUCCAGAGUGUGCCCAUCCCUGGCUUCAGCAAGUUCCGCACACAGGCAAGGCUGCCGCCGCCCAAUGGAACCAGCCGGGAGUCCACUUGCAACCAGGAGUGUGACACCUGCUUGAACACCACCGCAUCCUUCAACACCAUCUUCAUGCUGUCGGGGGAGCGCGUGACCUACAGCGUGUACUCGGCCGUCUACGCCGUGGCCCAUGCCCUACACAGCCUCCUCCGCUGUGGCCGGACCAGCUGUGCCAAGAGGGUGGUCUACCCCUGGCAGCUACUUCAGGAGAUCUGGAAGGUCAACUUCACGCUCCUGGGCCACCAGAUCUUCUUCGACCACCAAGGGGACGUGCCUCUGCGCUUGGAGAUCAUCCAGUGGCGGUGGGACCUGAGCCAGAAUCCCUUCCAGAGCGUCGCCUCCUACUACCCCAUGCAGCGGCAGCUGAAGGACAUCGGCGACAUCUCCUGGCACACCCCCAACAACACGAUCCCUGUGUCCAUGUGCUCCAAGACGUGCCGGCCUGGGCAAAAGAAGAAGCCUGUGGGCAUCCACCCCUGCUGCUUUGAGUGCAUCGACUGCCCACCUGGCACCUUCCUCAACCAGACUGCAGAUGAAUAUGACUGCCAGCCCUGUCCGAGCGACAAGUGGUCCCACAGGAGUGACACCUCCUGCUUCAAGCGGCUGCUGGCCUUCCUGGAGUGGCACGAGGCGCCCACCAUCACUGUGACCAUCCUGGCGAUCUUGGGCUUCCUUAGCACCCUAGCCACCACGGCCAUAUUCUGGAGGUAUUUCCAGACGCCCGUGGUUCGCUCGGCCGGCGGCCCCAUGUGCUUCCUGAUGCUGACGUCACUGCUGGUGGCGUACACGGUGGUCCCGGUGUAUGUGGGGCUGCCCUCGGUCCCCAGGUGCCUCUGCCGCCAGGUCCUCUUCCCGGUCUGUUUCACCACCUGCAUCUCCUGCAUUGCCGUGCGCUCCUUCCAGAUUGUCUGCGUCUUCAAGAUGGCCAGGCGCCUCCCGCGCGCCUACGGCUUCUGGGUCCGCUGCCACGGGUCCUACGCCUUUGUGGCGCUUAUGACGGUGCUCAAGCUGGUCAUCGCGAUGGGCAACGUGCUGGCCACCAGCAGCAGCCCCGCCACCCACCCCGACCCCAACGACCCCAGGAUCAUGAUCCUGUCUUGCAACCCCAACUCCCGCCACGGGCUGCUGGCCAACACCAGCCUGGACCUGCUCCUGGCGGUGGCCGGCUUCAGCUUCGCCUACGUGGGCAAAGGGCUGCCCACCAGCUACAAUGAGGCCAAGUUCGUCACCCUCAGCAUGACCUUCUACUUCACCUCCUCUGUCUCCCUCUGCACCUUCAUGUCUGUCUACAGCGGGGUGUUGGUCACCAUCAUGGACCUCUCGGUCAUGGUGCUCAACCUCCUGGCCAUCACUCUGGGCUACUUCGGCCCCAAGUGCUACGUGAUCCUCUUCUACCCGGAGCGCAACACGCAGGCCUAUUUCAAUAGUGUGAUCCAGAGCUACACCAUGAGGAGGGACUAG